AUGCCUCUAUAUAUGGCAGGAUUUGAUCCUAGUGAGGCGGAGAUCGCGUAUCCGUGUUGCGACAUCGCCCUCUGGUGGCACGAGUUAGAGCUUCCCGAAGGCGACACCACGCCGGAGCGGCGCGCUGAAGCGAAGGCCAAACUGCUGGAAAAGAUCGAAAAGGAUGCGAUGUCACCGUUAUAUCGGAAGGCUGUUGAGGCCUUUGGGUGGUCAGUCGAUGAGGAGAAGAUGAAGGCGAUGGAAGCGCAGCACGAGAAGGAGCUGGAGGCUUUGGAAUUGCGACUGGCAGAUGCAAAGGAGAACUACGGCGACACUGAAGUCAAAGACGCCCUCCUAGCGAAGGCGCAGCUCUUGUGCAGGAUCGGCGAUAUCCCGCGUGCUGUCGAAGCCUAUGGCGUGGCGUACAGCAAGACAGUGGGAAUUGGAUCGCGUCUAGACAUCACGCUCACCUUGCUGCGCAUCGGCUUCGUAUUUAGGGAUAGAGCCCUCGUCAGAAAGCACCUCAUCGUAGCAAAGGAGGAGAUGGAGAAGGGCGGCGACUGGGAAAGGCGAAACAAGCUGAAAGUAUUCGAGGCAGUGGAUCUUAUGCUCUCAAGGAACUUCGCAGAAGCCAUCAUGGAGGGAGCAGACGAAGACAUGAAGGGCCUUCUCAACGCUUUCUACUACGCAAAAUACAGGGAAUUUAUGACCUUCCUCGUGCCGAUAGCGAAGCGCGUAAAAAGCGACCUUUACUUGUCUCCCCAUUACUUCUACUUCAUCCGAUCCAUACGACUGAGGGCCUACCAGCAGUAUCUCGAGCCAUACAAGAGUGUCACCAUUGCCAACAUGGCUGCGGCUUUCGGAGUGUCUCCUGAGUUCCUGGAUUUAUCGCUUCCGGAAAAUUGGGAUGCCGCAUUGACAGAGUUAACGGCGUCGUGGAGGCCAACCGGCCAGACGCAAGGAGCAGGCUGUACCUUCAAACCAUCAAGCAGACUGAGCCGCGUUGCGGCGGCGAGACAUAGGGGUAGACGGAAAAACGAAAACAACGCGCGGAGGACAAGAAACUUCUCCCUUAUCCGUGGCUGCUCUGCUGACGGCUGUUUGCCGCAUUUUUCAGGGCGAUGUCCUUCUCAAUCGGAUCCAGAAGUUGGCAAGGAAAGAGGCGCAAACGUGCGCGCAGAGAGGAGGCCAUGCACACAUUUCGAUGCAGAUUCGCCAUUCAAGUGUGAUGGGAAGAAGGCGAGCAGCUUACACCAGAGUCUCACUGUAGGCGCAAAACUCAACUUAAAGAGGGGUGGCGUAAGAGCGUCUAGGCUACGAUCUAGAUUUGGGGGGUUUGUCCAAUCGCUGGCUGCUGCCUAUACACCCAAAGUUGUUCUUUCAGAUAGCACCUAUAUACAUGUAGUGCGUAACGAGGAAGCUGUAACUCCACAUUUUGAAGCUCAUGCAAGCAAGCCUGCAGCUGCUGCACCGUUAAAAGGGCUUUCUUGCAUCCCUCGAACAAUCGUCGAGCCGAUGAUACUUGCACACGCAGAUGGGGCUUGUGGGAGGGGGGAACAUAGCGGGAAAACCCUAAUUGAUGCCUCCCAGCUUAUUUUAUUGUUUUGUUCAUUUUAA